UAGCCAUAACCCUACGUGUCUACCUUGCUAGAAGUAAGGUUCAUGUAUCGUUCAGAGGAUAAAGCAAUUUUAACACACCUCAAACAUCCAGCACAAAUCAGUGAAAUGGCACCUAUCAAUCCAGCAGCCGAUUUUUAUAACAAUCUAGGAAUUAGAUACGAGGAGGGUUUCGGACACGAUGAAGGGCUCAUAGCGUUCGUUACCGACAGUUUGAAACUUCUCCCUACAAACCCGGAUGCGAGGGUCCUCGACAUCGGUAGCGGAACCGGGAUUCCAACGUCCAGUCUCGUUGUCCAAAGUGGUCGCAAAUUACACGGCAUUGAUUUCUCUCCCGUCAUGAUCGAAUUGAGCACACGACAAGUUCCGGGCGGAACUUUCGAACUGACUAAUAUGCUCGAAUUUUCCCCUGGGUCUUCUUUCCAAGGGGCCUUUGCCAUAUUCUCCUUAUUCCAUUUCUCUCGUGAGGAAAUGGAUAUAGCUGCUGGGAAGAUUUCACAGUGGAUUGCUCCAGGAGGCUAUCUGUUUAUCGGGACCAUGGUAGCAGAAGAUUUCCCGACUAAGCCGCACAUGUUUGACGAGGAUGGAGAGUGCGCAAGAGGAAUCGAGCACACAUUCAUGGGGAAACGGAUUGGUAAUCUUCUGUAUACCAGAGAGGGCUGGGUCAACUUAUUACGAAAGGUCGGAUUUGAGGUGGUGAAGACAGAGAUGGUACCAUUCCAAGCACCUCCGGAGGCGGAAUGUGAUAUUGAGCCACAUUAUUACAUCACAGCGCGCAAAACCUCAGCUCAAUAACUCCAACAAUGAGUGCAACUUCAAGCUCUACCGGUGGCUUGGAUCGAUGGAACUUGCCAUUAUGAGGAAAGAUCUAGAUUGUCAAGGAUAUAUGCCGCAAAUUUACUUCCACAACUUUCAAGUUUCACCCAUGUCGCAUUAAUUUAUGACGGGAAUUGGUAUCCGAAGCCAAAAGAAGUCAAGCCGGAUACAAAUAAGUUCGAGUCUCAUUCAAAAUUAGUCAAAAUUCAACAUGUCUAGAUCUGUUCAGUGCAUGAAACUACAAGAGUGGUAAUAAAUACCUACUUUUCUUACUCUAUUUACAGAAUAAUAAGUUCAGCUGAAUUCCACACCCCGUA